AUGGCGGUCCCAACAGGAGUGGAGCAUUUUGCAGAAGACCUGCGUUGUUCUAUUUGCCUGGAGCUCUUUCUGGAUCCUGUUAUGCUAGAAUGCGGCCACAAUUACUGCCAAGCUUGCAUCUCACGUUUCUGGGCAGUGAUACCUGUCAAUGGUGGGGAGGACGUGCCACAUCCCACCUGCCCAGAGUGCCGGCAUGAGAUCCCAGGGGGCAAAUUCACGGCCAACCGGGUACUGGGACAGCUGGCGCGGAAGGCUAUGGACUCCCUCUCAGCUCAUGCCAGUGAUGAGGAUGCCGAAAUUGAGCAGAACAUUGAUGAAGAGCUGCAGGGGGACAGACUCUUUUGCACUGAUGAUGGCUGCCUGACAUGGUCAAUGCAACUGGAUCACUGGGGCCAUCAGUGUCUCCCUCUGGAGGAGGCUGUGGAGCACUAUAAGGAGAUUUUAACAGCUUCUCAAGCAUCACUGGAAUCCAGAGCCCAGGCAGCAAAACUUUUGCAAGAGCAGAGUGCCCAGAGAGUUCCAGAAAUCACAGCCCAACGACUCCGACUGGAACGGCACCUCUCAGCCCAGUUCACUGAGCUUCACCAAUGGCUUCAGGAAAAGGAGGCGGCUAUGAAAAGAGCAAUUCAGCAUGCGGAAGAGCUCCUUCUGAGCCAACUGGAGAGGAACCAGCGCAAUGGGCAAGAGCAAAUUGGCAUGGCUGAGGAACAAAUGGCAAAAAUCCAAGCUCGGCUUGAGGAGCAGCAAGAUCCUGAAAUUUUCCUGAAGGACAUAAAAGUCUUCACAGAGAAGUAUUGUUUCAGUGAGAAAAAUUGGCCUACCUUCCCUGUGGUUUCCUGUGGUUUCAACUUGGGUCAGUUCAAGGGCCCAGUUCAGUACAUGGUGUGGAGAGAUAUGCUGCCGGCUCUGAGACCCUCUCCUUCCCUUAUAACCUUGGAUCCUACUACCAACCACCCCAACCUUGUGCUUUCCAAAGAUCUUGAUACUGUACGUCUGGAGGACAACCCUGAGGAGGAGGUCCCUGAUGGGCCAGAGAGAUUCAGCAAGUCUGUGUGUGUUCUGGGUGCCCAGGGGUUCACUUCAGGGCGCCAUUACUGGGAAGUAGAAGUGGGAGAUAAAACCAGCUGGGACAUUGGAGUGGCCAAGGAGUCAGUCAACAGGAAGGAAGCCAAAGUGACGGUCAAGCCCAGCAAUGGAUUCUGGGCCAUCUGGUUGCGGAAUGGCAGUGAGUACAAGGCCCUAGAUUCUCCAUCCAAGCAGCUAUCUCCCAAGGUCAAGCCCCGGAAAGUGGGAGUCUACUUGGAUUAUGAAGGGGGACAGGUCUCCUUCUAUGAUGCUGACACCAUGGACCACAUCUUUACUUUCUUAGACAUUUUCACAGAAUGUCUCUAUCCUAUGUUCAGCCCAGGCGUCAACAAAGAUGGACUCAAUGGUGAACCCUUGCGUCUACUGCCUCCUCGGGUGUAG